AUGGAAGAUAUGGAAGACGACUCUAUACUUCAAUUCUGUGGCAUUACGAACACGGGUCAUGACACAGCGGUUUCUUUCUUGGAGAUGGCAAACGGAAAUGUCGGGCAGGCAAUCACUCUUUAUCUUGAAACAAGAGAUUUAGAAGCACCAGCUCAUAACGUUCGCGGAAAUACGAGAGAGGGCGCUGCAGAUUCUGAUAUCAGCAAUAUCGAUACGGAUGUUGAAAUAGCGAGACAGCUUGCUCAAGAAGAUAAAUCCAGAAUUCGUCCACCCAUCGCGCCCAUACGCGACAUUUUAGUAGGUGGUGACAGAACUGACAUUGAUUUAGGCACUAGAAGAACUGGAGUUACACGCCCUCCUCCCCAUCGCCGCAUUCAAAAUUUUGCGAAUCUCGAGGGGGAAUUUAAUUCGAAUACAGCUCCAAAUGAUCGAUUAAACGAAUUAUAUAAUCCGCCUUUUGAAAUUAUGUGCCCUGACAAUUUUGAAAGGGCACGUACGAGAGCUCGGAAUGAACAUAAAUGGUUAAUGGUCGAUAUUCAAAAUAAUAAUGUACUUUCAUCUUUAGCACUUAACCGUGAUUUAUGGAGUGAUAAGACAGUUAGGGAUGUGAUUAGAGAACAUUUUCUUUUCCUACAAGUAAAUAGUCAAAAUGGACGACAUUACAUAAGUUUUUACCCAGUUGAUAAUUAUCCACAUAUAGCAAUAAUUGAUCCAAGAACGGGUGAAAGAUUGAAAGUUUGGAGUUCCGAAAUAACGCCAACCGAUUUCUUAAUGGCAGAAUCUGGGUCAGUAUUUGAUUCUAUUCUUCCGGUAGAAAGAGACCCAGUUCAAGGACCCAACACGACUGUAAUAAAAUUCCGUCUUGCGGAUGGAGAAACAACUCUUCGACGUUUUGGAAAGUCUGAUCCCGUACGACAUUUGUUCGAAUUUAUUAAAUCGUCAGUUCCUAAAGCAGAGAAACAGCCAUUUGAACUUGUUUGCUAUAGUGAUAAUUUGAUUGAAAAGGUUAAUAUGUCCAUCGAAGAUGCGGGAUUAGCAAAUGUUGUUGUUAAUAUUAUCUUUGGAUAG